AUUUUUCACUAUGUAAAUUAUAGAAUGAAAAAUAUUACAAUGUAUGCUUGGUGUAUUUAAAUAGCUAGGUUGCAAUGUCCUCUCUCUGCCACGGCUAGAUGCUUAUAUAUAUGUAAUUUAGGUCUUGAUGUAGCGUUGGUGAUAAGAUGCCUCUCCUUGAUUUCCGGCAACAAACUCCUUGACUCGGGGCAUUUCUUCUAUCUUGAUGACGACUUGACCAUGCUGUUAGGAGACUUGGUCUUUCAUGCUUAUCUCUUCCUAGGAAAUAGGAGAACGGUUGCUAUCCAUGCUUCGUCCGUCGAAUCUUAUGUUUUAACCAUCAAUUCUUACUCUUCGCCGCUGACCCCUGCUGACUUGCAUUGACUUUGACUCACUAAAAUUUACCCAUAACAAUUUUCCCCUAAUUGCUUAAUAUGGGUAGCUAUGUACAUGUUCAGCAAUUAUAUAAACAAGAAAAAAGUAAAACUGACGAAUUAAAAAAACUGAUUACUUAACGGCAUAAGCGUCCUUCUGACUGGUGCACUAACUUGAGAAGUUACUUCAACUUCCCACAUCCCCAAUUAACCGUCAUUUCAAGCUUUUAUUACUGUUGCACGUUUUCCCACUUCCCCAAAAUUACUGCACUCUUUCUCUCUCUUGCACACAGGUUCUCCAGCAAACUCUAAAGCAGCGAGUAGUGGUGACUCUUCGGUUUAAGCUUUCAGGAACUUCAAUUGAUAGGUAAUUACUUCGAUUUUCUGUUUACUUAGUUAAUUUGGGCGAAUGUCGAGUAGAAUUCCUAAAAUUAGAUCUAGGUUUUCACUUCGAAUUGUUGAAAAAAGAGGAACAGUUGUUUCACAGAGGAAAGCGAUGACUAGGGCGGAAUCGCUGAUGGCGCCUGACAUGAUGGAGGGCUUUAUAAAGAUGGCGGGGUUUCCUGAGACUGCCUUUUCCCACGGCAAAGGCAAGAAAGUGGAGAAUUACCCCAAGGGUUUCGUCGUAUUCUUCAAGUUCACGUUCUUGGAGACAGGGACUAAAUUUUCGUUUAAGCCCUUAACUAAAUCUUUUAUUGAGAUUUUGGGGUUGAGUCCUGGGCAAUUGAUGCCGUCUGGCUGGAGGAUUUUGUCGGUGUUGGAGGAGGUUACCAAAAAUUGGGAUGAUCCCUAUACUUUGGAGGAUUUGACUAAGGCGUAUGAGAUAAAGAUGAGGAAGGAUGGUUUUGUAAGUUUGCAUAAGAAGGGGGAACAGUUGGUUUUGAAUAUCGACUGUAAUGACAGGGGUUGGGCUAGUUGGUUUGUUUUCGUUAAAAAGACAUCGCUGGGUUCUGAAGGAAAUUGGUUAACGGAGGGAUGGCCAAUGAAGGGCCUGAAUUUCGACUUUCUCGAGCCGACGGAGGCGUCAACGUCGAAGGUAAAGCGGAUUCUUGAGGUGAAGCAUACAAAAAGAACUUUUAAAAGGACGAGGUACAUUCUUGGUGAAUCAUUGGGCCAAAAUCAAAAAGGAUUACCAAGUACCUCUCAAAGAGUCGAGGAUUCCGAGGAAACGAUGUCUACUCAAUCUGCAGCACAAGGAAGUCGUCGAGGACGAAGCCUAUCUCAGGCGGAGUAGGACGCACAGAUGAGGAGGAAAUAGGGGUUGCCACCUCGAGAGGCGUCGCCAUCAUCGGUGGUGGACAGGACGCAACAGCUAAACGCUUCGUCGCCGCAGAAGGUUAGCGACGUAGCCACGCUGGUUCAUGCGUCGUUGUCCCCUCCUGAUAAACAGCAGAAGACGGACGACAUUUAACACUUCUAGAUGUAGAGGCACGUUUUCCUGCCGACUACCUUAGUUUCACUAAGGAUACUCGUCAGUCUCUGUUUCCGCAGUUGAAUGAACUGUUGUUCCCUAGUUCUCGAGAAGGGUUGGCUGGGACUUCAACAUUGGAUCUUGCAUUAGAGGCUACUUCCGUUCAUCUCUACUGUUUGCAGAAUUCCUUGUUUUUGAGGGAAAGGGUGUUCGGGCUGGCUAAGAAGAUGAAGAGGUUGGAUGAUGUUUCUAAGAACAGUGAGGCUAAGAACAGGACUGCGACGAGGCAAUUUCAAACUAUAAAAAAGGAGUUCGAAAAAACAGUCAAGAAGGUGGACGAAUUGGAAAUUCGUCUAGAGGAGUAGGCCAAGAAGAUGGACGAGAAGUCGAAGAAGGUGGAGGAGAAAACCCAACAGCUACAGGAGCAAGCCAAGAAACUGAAGGAGCAAGCCCAGCUACUGGAAGACAAAGCUGUGAUCAUACGGGAUAAAGACGAAGCUUUGUUGAAGGUGCAGGAUGAGCUGUUGGUAGUCAAAAAGGAGUUCGACGAUGCUCUAAAUGAGGGUGUAGAGUGGGGCUCGAUUGAUGAAAGAGUAUCUGGAUGGGAAGGCUUCGGAAUGGCCACCUUAGGAGGACAUUAACCGCUUUUUGGCAGAUUAAGGGACUCUUGCUGAGCUGGGGGAAGAUGCUGCGGUAGUUUCGACCGCAAAUUCGGGACCUCAUCCGUCGAACGUUGUUCCUCCUACCACUGACGAAGCUUCGGCGCAACCAACGAUUGGUGAACGCGUUAGAGACAAUGCCCUUGUAAACGAGAACAUAAAGGAUGUCGUUGAAGGAGUGAAUGUUGAUGGCGAAGCUAAUGCUUGAAGGCCAUUGCUUGUGAUGGUUUCUUUUGCUGUGUAUUUAUGCUUUUGCUUCGCACUUUGAUACUUUAGUUUUUCACUUGAAUGUUUUCGUCAUGGCCUUUGAAUAUUUCUGUUUGGAUAUUGUUGUCUUUCGUUUCACUUGAUGGCAAGUGGUUCUUUUGAACACUGUUAUGACUUUUG